CAUAUAUAAACGUUUGAAUAAAUCAUGAAUAUAAUAGAUGAGAAUAAUUUGUUAAAUGUAUUAAAUACAAGUUUGGUGACUCGUAAUUGGAAUGAUUUAUAUGACAGCCUUAAUCCAAAGUCUUUUGGCAUUAUUAAAUCCAGGCAAUUAAUUAAAGUCUUAGCAAAAAUUGCUGAGAUAGUUGUGAACGAGGAAAAUGAUAUACCCGAUAAGCUUAAAAUUAUAUUGUUGAAAUGUUUGGGCAAUUCUUGUUUAGAUGUCUACACGCAUGCAGAUUAUGAAUCGAAUAAUACAGAAUAUGGAAAAUAUUGUAAAAAAUUGUAUGCUAACUUAGCAGAAGAUAGAUUAAAAUUUCAAUGUGAACAACAGGAAGAAAAUAUCUCCUUUCCAUAUAAUGGUAUUGCAGAAUGGACUGUAGAUUAUAUUAUUUUAAAUUGUGAUGUUGCAUUGUCUGAAGAACAAAUACAAGUGUUAAGAUUAUGUAUACAGUUUUUAUGUAAUCUUUUUACGUUCGCUUGCAACGAUAGAAAUUUAUUGCAAUGUAAAAGGAUAAAGAAUUAUUUAAAUGGUACAACAUUCCAAAAUGCCAUUAUAAAAUUCAUAUGUUUUGAGGAUAUUUCAGUAGCCAGAGCAGCUUGUAUGUUCAUACAUAAUGCCUUGAACAAAUUUGGCCAAGAUUAUUUUACAUGGAAUGAUAAAAUCUAUGUAUGUUCUCAAUUGUUAAAGAAAGUUGAAGAUUUACAAUGUGCAAGGGAUGCGUUGCUAUGUCUGUUAAAUCAAGAAAAUGUAUUUAAAAGCGUUUAUGAAGAUAUCUCAAUGGAAAAUAAGUUACAUUUACUUCAAAUAAUUCACGAAGAGGCUCAGAAUGUGAUUUAUCGACAUGAAAAAAGUGACACAGGAUUUACUUUCUGUCAGAAGCUUAUCGAUUUUUUGUCAGAUCGCUUUUGCAAAAGAAGUGAUCUUAUAUUAAAAACCAAAGACACGUAUUUAAAUAAUUUUGAGCCUAUGGAAAUAAUUAUCCUUCUUGACAUAUUAGGAGUGCUUACAUCAGAGGCCAGAGAUGAACUUUACAUCAUUCAGAAUAAUAGAAGUCUUCUUAUAAAUUGCUGCUAUUUAUUGAAAUCUUUACAUAUGUGUGGUAAAGAAUCAGAGAAUUAUUUUACAUCUAUACAAAGAUUGAGUGACGUAGCACCAUCUACACAAAAAAGAGAAUACGAUCUAGAACACCAUCCUGCUUUUGGCUUUAAAGCAGGUUUGAUAAGAAUAAUUGGGAACAUGUCAUACAAGAAUAAAAAAUGUCAAGAUAUUAUACGUGAAACAGACACUAUUCCUCUACUUUUUGAUUGUUGUAAUAUCGAUGCCCGAAAUCCAUUAAUAAUGCAGUGGAUUAUCUUAGCGAUUCGUAACCUAUGCGAAGAAAAUUUGGAAAAUCAAGAAAUUAUUCGUAAUUCCACAAAAAUCGGUGUUAUGGAUAACACUAUUUUAAAAGAAAUGGGAUUAACUCUACAGGAUAACGAAAAUGGAAAAUCUAUCGGAAUCGUACCGUUAUUAUGAAUCAAUAAAAACUUAUUAAUAUAA